UGUUUCAGUCCUUUCUAGGGUUUUCAGUUUCAUCGGCGUUCCUUUUUUGCCCUCCUCAUCUCUUGCUGUACAAAAUCCUUCUCUUCGGUUUUGCUAUAGUGGAAUUACUUGUUUAUUUCUCCUUCGGCGCUGCUAAUUUCCUUUUUUUUUUUUUUUUUUUUUAAUUUGAAGUUGAUUUCUAUUUGGUUGCUGAGAAAAUUGACUCAAAGAAAUGGAAACGAAUAAUGAAAUUUUGGGGUGUUUUUUUUGUUGUUACUGCUUAGUCACUUGCAUUUUGAAGUUGUGAGCAUUCUACCGAAGUGAAUUGCUUGAUCUUUUGAUUUCUAUGAUGAUUGGACGUUGAGGAGUAGUAUAUUUGGAUAAUAUGGAUGAAGGAUUGGGCGAUGAAAUGGCUCCACUCAACAUGAACGAGAGGGCACACCUCUAUAGCAAAGAGAAUGAAUAUUCCAUAAAACCACCUGAAAGCUCCAACGUUUUGGAAUCUCACGAGAUAAUUAUACCUGGUGAAGGUGAUUAUACGGAGAGCUCAUUUCACGUACUUGCAGAUAUUUUGGAUGCCAAGAAUCUGAAUAGGAGUGGAGUCCCUAUGGAUGCAUCUGAACAGCUGUGCACUAACCCUCGUUUUAUGGACAAUGCUGGAAACAUGGUUGAAGAAUUAACAGUGAGAAAUUAUGAUAGUUCAAACCUAGCUAUAGUCGGAACGUCAAACUUUAGGGAAAGAAUUCAAACUAGGCAGGGUCAGUGGCAGCAUCUUUAUCAACUUGGAGGUGCAUCAGGAAUUGGGAGCUCAUGUACCAAAACUUUAUACCGGGACAAUGGUCAGGAAAUGUCAAGUCCUUUGGAGGAUGCGAGGUAUGCAUCUUCCCCUGUGUUUUUGAGCCACAAAACUUCAAGUGAUGACUGCAAUGAAGUUGUGGAACAAUCAGCAAAUGCUAAAAAUAAAGGUCUUUCCCAAAAUAUGAUCUCUCAUGGUGGUAUUCGGACAAAGAUUUUAUCAAAAUCAGGAUUCUCAGAGUAUUUUGUAAAAAGUACGUUGAAGGGUAAAGGGAUAAUUUUUCGAGGCCCAACCCAUGAAGGUGCAAAACUUGCUCCAAGAAAUGAGAAUACUGGAAAGGCGGCUACUGUUACUUUGGCAGCUUCUAAUUCUUCACUUAAUUUAGGUGUGAAAACCACAUUGCCAUGUUCCUUUGGUAUCACUGGGCCAAGGCCUGCUGGUGCAGAUCAUGAUGGAAUUGGUCUGCAACAUUGGCUGAAUGCACGGCAGCAUAAAGUGAAUAAAGUUGACUGCCUGCAUAUAUUUAAACGAAUUGUUGAUCUGGUGGAUUACUCUCACUCCAAGGGAGUUGCUUUACAUGAUUUACGGCCCUCUUGCUUCAAGUUGUUGCAAUCCAAUCAGGUUAACUAUAUUGGCUCAGCUGUGGAAAAAGAUACGUUUGACAGAGCUAUGGAUCGAGAUGUGCCUUCCACAGAGAAUCAUGUAGCUAGGAGACGGGCAGCAGAGCAGGGAAUUUUUCCCUUUGUUGGUAUACUUGCGAAGAAGCAAAAGUUCAGUGAGAAUGCAAAUUCUCUUAGGCAGUGGCCUCUAUUUACUGCAAAACAUGGCUUAAAAUUUGAAACUGCCAAUGAUGGUGACCUUGGUCUAGCCAGUACACAAGAUUCUCGUAGUGAAGUUGCAGAACAUAUACCAAAUACAGAAUACAGAAUUCAGGGUAGGAUCAGCCAUCAGCUGUCGAAUGCAGCUCAACAGCAGUUGGCAUCCAUUACUGACAGGUUGGAAGAUAAGUGGUAUGCAAGUCCGGAGGAGCUAAGUGAGGGAAUCUGCACAAUGUCAUCAAAUAUCUAUAGUUUAGGUGUUCUACUAUUUGAGCUGCUUGGUCAUUUUGAUUCUGAACGAGGACAUGCUACAGCAAUGGCAGACCUGCGCCACCGGAUUCUUCCUCCCCAUUUUUUAUCAGAAAAUCCAAAGGAAGCUGGAUUUUGCCUUUGGCUAAUUCAUCCAGAACCUUCAUCACGUCCAACAACAAGGGAAAUCCUACAAUCUGAAGUGAUUAAUGGAUUACAGGAGGUGUCUGUAGAAGAAUUGUCAUCUUCCAUUGACCAAGAUGAUGCUGAAUCAGAAUUGUUAUUGCAUUUCCUCUGCUUGCUAAAAGAGCAUAAGCAGAACCAUGCCUCUAAGUUAGCAGAUGAAAUUAGGUGCAUAGAAGCUGAUAUUGGAGAGGUUGCAAGGAGGAACUGUUUAGAGAAAUCCUUAGCGAACCAAUUAUCAUGUGUCUCCAGAACAAAUGACAUGAGGUUGAACAACAUUAUCAGACAACUUGAAAGUGCUUACUUCUCCAUGAGAUCGCAAAUCCAGCUUCCAAAGACUGAUGCGACCACAAACCAAGACAUGGAUGUACUAAGGAAUCGUGAGAAUUGUUAUUUUGCAUUGGAGGGUGAUGAAAAAGAAAAUCCAACUGAUUGUCUUGGAUCCUUUUUUGAUGGUUUGUGCAAGUAUGCUCGUUAUAGUAAGUUUGAAGUACGUGGCCUACUAAGAACUGGGGAUUUCAACAACUCUGCAAAUGUAAUUUGCUCUCUGAGUUUUGAUCGAGACAUGGACUAUUUUGCUACCGCCGGAGUGUCAAAGAAGAUAAAGAUAUUUGAGUUUAAUUCACUUUUAAAUGAUUCUGUUGAUAUCCAUUAUCCAGUGAUUGAAAUGUCAAACAAAUCAAAGCUUAGUUGCAUUUGCUGGAACACCUAUAUCAAAAAUUAUCUGGCUUCAACUGACUAUGAUGGUGUUGUGAAGUUAUGGGAUGCAAAUACUGGUCAAGGGGUUUACCAAUACAAUGAGCACGAAAGGAGGGCUUGGUCUGUUGACUUCUCUCAAGUUUAUCCGACAAAAUUAGCCAGUGGAGGUGAUGAUUGUACUGUGAAGCUGUGGAGCAUUAAUGAGAAAAAUAGUUUAGGCACAAUCAGGAACAUUGCAAAUGUCUGCUGUGUUCAGUUCUCUUGUCAUUCUACUCAUUUGUUGGCCUUUGGGUCGGCGGAUUACAGAACCUAUUGCUAUGAUCUUCGGAAUGUAAGAACACCCUGGUGUGUAUUGGCUGGCCAUGACAAAGCUGUGAGCUAUGUGAAAUUCUUGGAUCGUGGAACUCUGGUUACUGCAUCCACUGACAACUCUUUGAAACUUUGGGAUCUCAAUAAAGCCAGUUCCAGUGGCCUGUCAAACAAUGCCUGUACAUUAACCCUUAGUGGGCACACUAAUGAGAAGAACUUUGUAGGUUUAUCUGUGGCUGAUGGUUAUAUAGCAUGUGGUUCAGAAACAAAUGAGGUUUAUGCAUACCAUAGAUCUCUACCUGUGCCAAUCACUUCCCACAAGUUUGGCUCAAUUGAUCCUAUUUCCGGGAAAGAGACAGAUGAUGACAAUGGGCAGUUUGUUUCUAGUGUCUCCUGGAGAGGGAAAUCAGAUAUGCUUAUCGCUGCCAAUUCGACUGGGUGUAUAAAAGUGUUGCAGGUGGUUUGAAAUUAAGGGGACCUCUGAGAUCAGUUAGGGAAUUGGAUUCGUCUAGCUUCUUCUGCAGUUUAGGAAUCCAGAACAGUUUUUUGGAGGCCUAUUGUUUGUUGAAACUGCGAAAUUUGCAUGGAAUCUCUGAGAAGUUCAAGGUCAUAUCUGUUUGGCUUUCACAUGUGAGAUAGAGGAACUCCAGUCAGGUGAACAACACCGUGUCAGCAGUCAAAUAUUGAUUCCGGAUUAGAGUGCAGGCAGAUAAUUUCAGGCAAGAAGUCCAGAAUAUCAUAUAUUGUUGUGAAGAGAAGGGGGGGCUUUGGAGGUGCUUGUGAAUGUAGAAAAAUGAUCGAGGUCGAAAUAGCAUUGGUACCAGAAUGCAGUAGUCCUGGAUAAGGAAGUAGUAGCAUGUCGAGAUGCAUUUGCAUCACAUACCGGCUGUAGAAUUGGUUUGCAGUCCAUUAUAAGUUUUCAGUUAAGGACUUGCAGUUCUAGAGAAGCAUAUUGCUCAUAAGAUAGAUUGAAGGCAGGGUUAACAUUUUGAUCAAUCCGAACAAAUUCCUUAUAAUUUGGUAAAAGCAAAUAUAUAUCUAAGGAAAAAAAAAAAAGAUUUUUGAGUAGUAACUAAGAUUGGAUAUUGUAAGUACAAAGGCCAGCUAUUGUAAAUUUUUUGAAAAAAGGAAAUGUAUAUGAUAGUUUUAUUUGGAAA